AUGUACAUUCAAAUUUGGGAAUCUUAUUUCUCUUCUCCAAUAAAAACCCUUUUAAAUUUGGGAGGCAUGAAUGUUUUGGAUGUGGGUUGUGGCCCAGCUUUAUGGAUUAUGGAAAUGGCAACUUUUUUCCCACUUUCAAAUUUUACUGGUGUUGACAUAGUACAACUUUAUCCUCAUGAUUGUAUGCCAAAAAAUCUUGAUUUUAUACAGGCCAAUAUUUUAGAUGGCAUUCCAUUUGAAAAUGAAUCAUUUGAUUUUAUUCAUAUCAAAGAUUGUCUACCAUACUUUCCUGGAAAACUUUCCAAGGAACAAGUAUUUUCUGAAUUAGUAAGACUUUUGAAACCUGGCGGAUGGUUAGAAAUUAUAGAAUUCGAAGGGAAAAUGUAUAAUGCCGGACCAAAUUCUGACUUUCUCUAUGAUAAAUUGAUCACAGUUUAUCGUAAUCGCGGGAUUAAUUACGUUCAAGAAAGUGUUCCUCAAUUGUUCGAAGAAAAUAAUCUAGUUGAAUUUCGACGUGAAGAUAAAAUUAUCAAAUAUUGCGAAUUCGAUUUUGCACUGCAAGUAUUCCUUGAUACAUUCAAAACCAUGAAAAAAACUAUUUUGGAAUUUACUAGCAUAGAACCUGAAAAAUAUGAAGAAAUGUUAAGUAAUUCUUGUCGAGAAUUAUUGGAAUAUCAAACAUCAUUUCGAAAUACUAGAUUUUAUGGGCAAAAACCAUCGAAAUUCGAAACAAUCUAA